GGUCCUCUACACUCCUCCCACCAUAACCUCUCACGUAUUUGGAUUUUCGAAGAGCACCACCCUCAGACCCACGACCCAUACAUCCUCGUCUCCAUCUCUUCUCUGCUUUCCGUCCUCGUCCCAUCAUCUCUAUGGCAGAAACGGACGUCCGAAGUAGUGUUGUUUUUUCGGGGAAGAAGCAAAACGGCGGCGACGAAUUCAACGGCGACGAUGAUUUCAUAGUAAAGAAGAAAUCAGGGGCGUUAAAGGUGUGGGACGAUGAUCCGGUGGCAGCACUGGCGAGCGCUAGGCAUGAGUUCGGUGAGCACGGCGGCGUGAACAUGUCGAUCGAAGCGUCAGCCACAUUCACCGUUAUGAAGCCUGAGAUGAUGCGUCAAAUGUUUGCGGGAGAACUGGGCCCCGAUCGAGACUACUUCAUCUACAGCCGUCAUUUCAACCCAACAGUUCUCAACCUCAGCCGUCAGAUGGCUGCCAUGGAAGGAACCGAGGCCGCCUACUGUACCGCCAGCGGAAUGUCAGCUAUCACGUCGGUGCUGUUGCAGCUCUGCAGCAGCGGCGGUCAUAUAGUGGCUUCCCGCAGCUUGUACGGUGGGACCCAUGCACUGCUGACUCACUUCUUGCCUAGGGCUUGCCACAUAACUACCACGUUUGUAGACGUUAGGGAUCACGUCAUGGUGAGGGAAGCGAUCGUGGAGGGGAAAACGAAGGUCCUGUACGUGGAGUCUAUAUCUAACCCUACAUUGACGAUUGCUGAUAUACCGGAGCUGGGUAGGAUAGCGCACGAAAAGGGGGUGACGGCGGUGGUGGAUAACACUUUCGCUCCCAUGGUGAUGUCUCCUGCUCGUCUCGGUGCCGACGUCGUGGUGCAUAGCAUCUCCAAGUACACCAGUGGCGGGGCCGAUAUAAUUGCAGGUGCCGUUUGUGGGCCAGCAAGCCUAAUUAACUCGAUGAUGGACCUCCAUCAAGGGGCACUCAUGAUUAUGGGCCCAACCAUGAAUCCUAAGGUAGCUUUUGAGCUCUCAGAGAGGAUUCCUCACUUGGGCUUGAGAAUGAAGGAACAUUGCCACAGAGCACUAGUCUAUGCUACAAGGAUGAAGAAACUGGGCCUCAAGGUCAUAUACCCGGGCCUCGAAGAACACCCUCAACAUUCACUCCUACAGUCGACAAUGAACCGGGAGUAUGGGUUUGGUGGUAUUCUGUGUGUGGACAUGGAGACUGAGGAGCGGGCAAACCGGUUGAUGAACCAAUUGCAGAAUUGUACACAGUUCGGAUUCAUGGCAGUUAGUUUGGGUUACUAUGAAACCCUCAUGUCAUGCUCUGGAAGUAGUACUAGCAGUGAGAUGAACACCGAGGAGAAGGAGCUGGCCGGCAUCUCCCCUGGUUUAGUGAGGAUGUCUAUAGGGUACAGUGGGACUCUGGAGCAGAGAUGGAGCCAAUUUCAGAAGGCACUAGCUAGGAUCCAAGAUGGUGGACCUCAAUGACAAGAGUUGCUCUUUAAAAUGGUGAAUUUGAGUGAGAGGUUUUCAUGAAACAAAUGUACUGUUUUAUCUGGAAAGAAAACCAUUUUACGGU